AUGGAUAACAAUAGUGACUAUGAUGAAAUGUUUUUAAGAUAUGGUACGAAUUGGACAGCUGAUUAUUUGGACGAUAUCGAUACAUCACAGUAUCCAUUUCCCAAUGUACUAUGGCAUCGGAAAUCAACAAGAGAAGUGACUGUCAAAGCAUCUGCAAUGGUUGUUGUUGGCAUUAUGGGUAUCUUCCUCAAUUCCAUAAUUCUCAUCAUCCUCAUUAAAAAUAGAUGGCUCUGGACUGCCAGUAAUUAUCUCGUGGGAAAUCUGGCCUUAGUGGAUCUUUUGACCUUGAUAUUAUGCCCUUGGUUCAUGCUGGUCAGAGAUUUCUAUCAGCAUUUCGUUUUAAGGAAUUUCGGGUGCAAAUUCGAAGGAUUUCUACAAGCGACUUUUCUCCUAGCUAGUGUGGGAGCAGUGAUAUUAGUCUCCUACGACAGAUUGGCCGCGGCCGCUCUCAACUCUGAAGCGAGAGUUACCAAGUCAGUUGCUCCAAAGCUGAUCUUUGCAACUUGGUUUAUAGCAAUCGCACUGUCACUGCCUUGGAGUGUGAAGAGAGAAUUUAUGGAACGGCAGUGGCUGGACUACUUGGAGAUGUACUGCGCGGAAGAUGUCAAAGUUCUAAGUAUUUACUGGCAUUUCAUUACAAUUCUUUUAGUCUGGCUUCCAUUAGGACUGAUGAUUGUAACGUAUGGUACAAUAAUAUGGCGCUUGGAAUGGAGUGCUCGGAAACUAUCGUCUAACGGAGGAGGUCAGGUGGUUAGCAGAGCCAAGGGUAGGGCAAUGAAGAUAACAGCCUGUGUGCUGCUCGCAGCCGCGUUCUGCAGAAUCCCCUACACGGUACUGGUCUAUUGGAGGAAUAAUUUAACGCUGGAGAUUAAUGCCGUCGAAGGUGCCUACAACAUUAUGUGGUUUGUUGCAAACUAUCUGAUAUACGUGAACUGCGCUAUAAAUCCUCUUAUCUACGGUUUUACCAACCUUAGAUUCCGAAGGGCUAUGGACAGGACUGAAGGUGUUGCUUGGUUCAGAUUCAGUUCUUGGUGUUGCACGUGUUCUAUGUUUAACACAAAGAAAGGACCACCGCCAGACAAGAAUAUGGCAAAGAUUUUCGUGAUAGAAACCAGUCCUUGUCCAAAUAAGAAGAUAACGCGAGUGAUCAAGAACAUACUUCACAUAAAUAGAGACGCUGUUGAACUCAGUGUGCCGAAAGUUGAAGAAGUCACAACGAAACCAACUAAAAUCACACCAAUCAAAGUAGACAACAUAUAGAAAAAUACAUUAUUUCAGGUUGAAAGGCACUUCAAUAAAA